UGUCUCUGUGUUCCCAGCUUCCAGCAGAGAUGUGGUGUGAAUGUUAAACACACAGGCUGUCUGCACUCCCUCCUCACUGUCACUUUCCUUGCAUAGGGCACAGGCCCUGAUUUAUAACAUUGCAAACACUCUAUCUAUCUAUCUAUCUAUCUAUCUAUCUAUCUAUCUAUCUAUCUAUCUAUCUAUCUAUCUAUCUAUCUAUCAGUGUGAGGAUGCCUGCAUGUCUAGACUGUAAGCUUCUGGGUUUAGAGGAGCCUUUCCCAGCAUUUUGCACGAUUUGAGUGAAAAUGUAUUUGCAAUGCAGAGGAUGAUUCUGCAAAAUCUAUAGUCAGACAGAACCUGAGGAAAGCAGAGAUUUGGCACCAGCUGAUGUUGUCUCCCAAAGUAUCCAGGAGACUGAUGAAGCAGAGGAUUCUGUGAUGGAAGUUGCAGAGGUGCCAUCUACACAAGAGCAGCCUCAGACACCAGCAGUCACAGUAGAAGAUGGGUUCCAGGUUGUGCAGAAGAAAAAAAAUCAAAUAAAAGAAAUAUCAAUGUGCAGGAGAAAAGGAAAAGCACCAGUGAUGAUGUAGGUCAGUUACCCUAUAAAAUCACCUCUGGCAGGUUUGAAGUUUUUGAAUCCUGUACUGAAGAGAAAGGUGAACAUGAACUUGAGAGAUCACAGUAUUGGAGGAACUGCCUGAGAGACAUGAUGAACCCCUGUCCUCUUCAGUUAAAAGAUGGGACUCACAAGGUGACAAUGUUGGCAAGCGGAAAAAAAAAUCUUUUUGAGUUAACAGGUUCCAAUGACCCUAAGGAUCAGCUCACUUAUAUGUGAACAGUGUAAGGUCCAUUGGUAGGAGGGAGCUGAUCUAUAGUGCCCUAAAGACUGUGUCCUUUCUUUUAUACAGUAAACAAGGCUUAAAGACAAUAAUGAUGAGUUUUGUGCUAAAAGUUGGGGCCUUCCUUUAGGUCCUUUGGACUGGAUGAGUAUGACAUGAUUUGUCAUUGGAUAAGAUAAUUGAGAUCUAUCCUGAAAUAUCGUUACCAGGAUGAUGACUCUCCGCCCCUAGAACACAGUCCUGCCCACCUGGCAAAUCCCAUGAAAGCUCCUGAGCUUGUUCAUGUGUCCGAAAAAAACCUUUCCCAGAUCGAGAACGUGCAUGGAUACGUGUCCCACUCACAUAUCUCCCCAAUGAAGGCCAGUUCUCCCCCUGUCAUUGUAAAUGCAGAUACACUGGAAGCACCGGCAUAUGUGAAUGGAACAGAAGCUGAAAUGGAAUAUGAAGAGAUCACAUUAGAGAGAGGUAAUUCAGGUUUAGGGUUCAGCAUCGCUGGCGGCACCGAUAAUCCCCAUGUAGGGGACGACCCCAGUAUCUUCAUCACCAAGAUCAUUCCAGGGGGAGCUGCUGCUCAGGACGGGCGUCUCAGGGUGAAUGACAGCAUACUGUUUGUGAAUGACGUGGAUGUGAGGGAGGUUACUCACAGUAUUGCGGUGGAAGCUCUGAAGGACGCCGGAUCCAUCGUGCGUCUAUACGUGAUGCGCAGAAAACCCGCUUCUGAGAAAAUCAUCGAGAUCAAACUUAUCAAGGGACCCAAAGGUCUGGGCUUUAGCAUUGCUGGGGGAGUGGGCAAUCAGCACAUCCCAGGGGAUAACAGUAUCUACGUCACCAAGAUCAUUGAGGGGGGAGCGGCACACAAGGACCUGCGCCUACAAAUCGGAGACAAGAUCCUUGCGGUGAAUAACGUGGGUUUAGAAGAUGUCAUGCAUGAGGAUGCGGUGGCUGCUCUGAAGAACACCUCGGAUAUUGUGUACCUCAAGGUGGCCAAGCCAACCAACGUCUAUCUCAAUGAUUCCUACGCUCCACCUGAUAUCACCACCUCCUACUCCCAGCAGUUGGACAGUGACCUCUGUCACCCGAGUUACCUGGGCCCUGAAUAUGCACCGAUAAUGACCCCGACGUCCCCCAGGCGGUAUUCCCCCAUUCCCAAGGAGCUGAUGGGAGAAGAGGAGGUUCCCAGGGAACCUCGCAGAAUUGUCAUACACCGUGGAUCUACUGGCCUGGGAUUUAAUAUUGUCGGAGGAGAAGAUGGAGAAGGGAUCUUUAUCUCAUUUAUUCUGGCCGGGGGACCAGCCGACCUUAGCGGAGCCCUUAGAAAGGGAGACCAGAUCAUGUCUGUGAAUGGAGUAGACUUGAGGAGUGCUACACAUGAACAGGCUGCACUUGCUUUGAAGAACGCAGGACAGACAGUUACUAUCAUAGCCCAAUAUAAACCAGAAGAGUACAGCAGGUUUGAAGCCAAAAUUCACGAUCUACGGGAGCAGCUGAUGAACAGCAGUCUGGGCUCUGGAAGUGCUUCUCUGCACAAUGCCAAUGGUGCAAAGAGAGGCUUCUACAUCAGGGCACUUUUUGACUAUGACAAGACCCGGGACUGUGGCUUCCUGAGCCAGGCUCUCAGCUUUAAGUUUGGGGACAUCCUCCAAGUCAUCGAUGCGACAGAUGAAGAGUGGUGGCAAGCCCGCCGUGUUCUGCCAGAGGGGGAGGAGAUUGGAUUCAUCCCCAGCAAGAACAGGGUUGAGAGGAGAGAAUGGUCUCGACUGAAGGACCGAAGCUCAGGAGGGUCUCAGAGUCGAGAGGAGACAGUGCUGAGCUAUGAGGUUGUGGUUCAAAUGGAAGUGCAUUAUGCUCGUCCUAUUAUAAUCCUGGGCCCAGGGAAGGACAGGGUUAAUGAUGACCUGCUCUCCGAAUUCCCUGACAAGUUUGGCUCCUGUGUCCCACACACGACCCGCCCCAAGAGGGAUUAUGAAGUGGACGGGAGAGAUUAUCACUUUGUUUCUUCUCGGGAGAAAAUGGAAAAGGACAUUCAGAGCCACAAAUUCAUUGAGGCGGGACAGUAUAAUGGGCACCUGUAUGGCACCAGUGUGCAGAGCGUCAGGGAGGUGGCCGAGCAGGGGAAGCACUGCAUUCUGGAUGUAUCCGCUAACGCAGUAAGGCGCCUGCAGGCUGCACAGCUCCAAGCAAUUGCCAUUUUUAUACGGCCCAAAUCUCUGGAGAAUAUCCUAGAAAUUAACAAACGUUUAACAGAGGAACAAGCCAGAAAAACCUACGAGAGAGCCACCAAGCUUGAGCAGGACUUCACAGAGUGUUUCUCAGCGGUGGUGGAGGGGGAUAGCUUUGAAGAGGUCUACCAUAAAGUUAAGGGGAUUAUCGAGGACCUCUCAGGGCCCUACAUUUGGGUUCCAUCUCGUGAGAGACUUUAAAAUCUGCCUCCACCUUCAAACCCACCAGAAACCAGCGGAGUGUCCCCUUCCCUCGGAGCGUGUUACAUCGGGGGACAGUAAGGCACUUUGGAUGCCCCCCAAGGCCUUUACAACUUGCCGCCCUUCUCCAGGGUGCCUUAUCUCUAAACGUGGGUGAAAUCCUCCACUCCUGCUCUUCUGAUUUUACACAGCUCCUUGGGGGAGUGGUUUCCUUCUGACUUUCCCCUGCGGUAUGAAGUGGGUGGGGCUUUCUCUGGCCUCGCCCAGUGCAGUGGGUGGGGCCUGGUGUACAAAGAGACUUUAGUCCAGUUUUUUAUCUCGCUGUCUGCGUUUAUCUUGUGCAUGCGUCUUACACUGGAGGAGGGGGUCUAGAUUAAUGGACAGAGACCCCGUUAUCGCCCCCAUACUGCACACAGAAGAAGUGAGGUUCAGUUUGGACAAGAUUGCCGCAGUAUGUGGCGGGAGAUUCUCAAAUGUCUCAGAGCUUUUCUUUCCUCCCCUUUCAUAAUGAGAAUAAAAUCUCUCACCUCUCAUAAGGGGGAGAAUCAAAUAGUCACACAAGGGAGAGGAGUAAGGGGAAGGGGAAUUCUGGCUCGGGCAGAAGAGAACAUUCAGUACAGUAAUAAAAAAAUAAAACUAUUUUAUGUGGAUAAAUAAAAUGUUAUAUAUUUA